CGAGGCACCAUGUCCGGCCGCUGGUGGAGCAGCGCCGCGGUGACCCACGCGCUCACGGCUCUGUUCGCCAUGGGCUCGUGGAUUUCCGUCAACAGUCUGUGGGUCGAGCUGCCGGUGGUGGUCCGUGUCCUGCCGGAAGGAUGGAACCUUCCGGCCUCCCUCUCGGUGCUCAUAGCGUUUGGGAACCUGGGUCCCAUCGCGGUGACCAUCACGCACCACUGUGCCCCGGGGCGUCUGAACGAGCGCCUGCUGAUCCACAGCAUCCAGCUGCUGGCCGUGCUGGCCUCCGCUCUGCUCGCCGUCUUCUGGUCGCACACGGUCACGAUAGCGGGAGACGAGAGGUCGCUGCCCUUCCUGCUCUUCACCUUCGUGCUGUCCCUGGUCUGCUGCACGUCCAACGUCACCUUCCUGCCUUUCAUGUUCCGCUACCCGCCCCAGUACAUCCGCACUUUCUUCAUCGGUCAGGGCCUCAGCGCCUUGUUCCCGUGCAUCGUGGCCUUGGGACAAGGUGUCGGCCAGCUGGAGUGUAAGACGCUGAAUGGCACGGUGCAUCCAGAGUAUUUAGAGGAGAGCUUCCCCGUCCAGAACUUCUUCUGGUUCCUGUUCGUCAUGCUGUCGAUCUCGGCUGCAAGCUUCCUGGCUUUGACGCGGCGGCAGGUGGAACCGACGCCCGAGGAACCGCCCCAGGAGUCCGACGCCGCGGAGGAGGUGAAGAGCGGCGAGGAGACGCACCCCCUGAGAAACGGAGGGACGCCGGUGUCUGAGGAGCAGGUGCAGGUGGAGGAGCUGCAGCCACCGGCUCAGACCUUCUGGACAUCGCACAACAUCUACCUGCUGGUGCUGCUCGCCGUCUCCAACGCCCUCACCAACGGGGUCCUGCCCUCCGUGCAGAGCUUCACCUGCCUGCCCUACGGCACCAUGACCUAUCACCUCUCCGUGGUCUUUGGCAACAUAGCGAACCCCGUGGCCUGCUUCCUGGCCAUGUUCUUUGUCCUCAGGACGGCCACAGGUCUGGGCUUCUUGUCCUUAGCGGGGGGGGUGUUCGCUGCAUACCUCGUGGCGCUAGCAGCUCUCAGCCCCUGCCCCCCCCUCCUGGGAAAUCCUGCUGGUGUGGCUCUAGUGGUCGUCUCCUGGAUCAUCUUCACCGGCCUCUUCUCCUACCUGAAGGUGGUGAUUGGGACGUUGCUUCACGAGAAGGGUCACGCCGCCCUGCUGUGGUGUGGCAUCUUCAUCCAGGCCGGCUCCCUGAUCGGGGCCCUCAGCAUGUUCCCCCUGAUCAACGUCUACCACGUGUUCUCCAGCGCUCAGGACUGUGUGGACAACUGCAGUUAACAGGAGAAACUCAACGACCUCCACAGACUGUUUUUGUUUUUAGGCUCCUGAGUGAAACAGCAGAUCUACGGAGGAUCAUGCCACCGUCCUGUGAGGCUUCCUCCCCCGACUCGAGGCCCCCCCAGCCUGA